AAAAGAACUUGAUGAUGUCAGGAUUCGUGCACAAAUUCAAACUCACGUGAGUCGUGUGCGCACGAUUAUUAGGCUUAAGCUUCUACCUGUCGCAUGGGCACGUAUAACUUAAAAAACUGUGCCGUGGAGGCAUCUCUUCCGUGAAAACAAACUGCCACUCCCUUCAUUUUUAUCCAAAAAAAAAUUUUCACCAAAACUAGCCCAAAAGCCAACAGCUUUUGGGUAUCCUUCUAUUCAAAUGAGUGGAAGAUUAUCGUUAAUCCAUCACUUUCACCUGAAAAGUAUACGUUUUCAAGCUCCUUUUUCCAGGCUUUCACAGUCUUGUUGUGAGUCUGUAAACGAGUCCACCAGUUGUAGGCUAGCUAGCAGCUUGUCAACAGCCAACUGCUUAAGCAAAUGGGCAGAGCCUGUGGAACAAUUUGCCCGAGAAAUUAACACAAAUAUCUUGACAUUUUCUUGUUUUACAGGCCAAAAGAAAACAAAAUAAAUAUACACAACCAUAUGUCCAAAUCCAAGAUAGAUUCCAAUACUAAAGACUUCCCUGUGUGAAAUCCUACUCACACAAAAUCGGAAACAGCUCUCUUUCUUUCGUUUUUAUUUUUUAAAAAUCUUUUUCUUUUUCCAUUUCUAGUGAACCCAAAUAAAGCAAAGAACCCGUCAGAGUAACCAAAAGGAGAGAAUUAGAGACCCCAGAAGAUCAGAAACUCCUAUCAAAACCCCGAAAUUUGAGCUUACCUGGAAAAUCUGACCGUUUUUCUUGCCAGAUAUUAUAGCUUUCGUUAAGCCUUUCUUGAUCUGUUUGCCGUGUUUUACCAGGGUACAUCCCUUCUCUUAAAACCAAAGAAAAAAAAAUUAAUCCCUGGUUCAUGAGCCUUCAGCUCUGUCCUUCUCCUGUUUGAUUGUUGGGUUCUUGAAAACAAGAUCCUUGAGCAAGGAAUUGGAAACUAAACCCAUACCAGUUUCUUAUCCGUUGUUCAGGAUCCUUUAGAAGGACACCCUCAUCAUCAACAGAAAGGGUAAAAUCUUUAAGAAAAGAAAAAAGAGGUUCAUUUCCAAAUUUCCAAGAUUCAGAUUCUUCCGUUCUCUUCUGUUCCGUUCCGUCAAGCAGGCAAAACAGCAGUUUAUUCUAUCUUUAUUCCUUCCAGUGAGUUAAGAUUCGAGAAUCCCAAGAAUAACAGUUCCUUUGUUGCCAAAAGGAAAACAAACCGGUGACGAAGCUGGCCACUGCAACAGCUAAAGCAAAACAAGAUCGAAACAGUUCCAUCUUUUUUUUUCAUCUUUAAACUAUGUCUCCCCAGAUAAUCCUUAGGACCCCAGCCUCCAUUCACCGGCCGCAACCGCUGCUGGAAAGCCGUUCCUCCUCUUCCUCCAGCGUCGAUGAAUGCGGCAGCUGCUCAAGGGGCACCUCCAGGAACAGAGCCAAGUUCGGGGAGUUUUGUGGGGGUGCGACAGCUGAGUGUGCGGCUAUUUGUUGUUGCUGCCCUUGUGGGAUAGCGAACCUUUUAGUUUUAGCGAUUUACAAGGUUCCUGCAGGGCUAUGCCGCCGUGCUCUCCGUCACAAACGGCGGCGUAAGUUGCAAAAAAAUGGGUUGCUUCAGCCGAGGAACCACCGGGGUCAUUAUGGAUGUGAUGAUAGCGAGUUGCAGAUGCACCCUGUGGUUUGUCUCGAGGAUUUUUUCCCAGAUGUGGAGGCUUCUGAAGAAGAUGAGAAAGCUGUGGUGGAACUGGAAAACGAAAUGUGGCAAAAGUUUUAUGGUACUGGAUUUUGGAGAAGUCCUUCUCGGAGAGAAUGAGAGUCACCCAGAAUCAAACGACUGUAAAAAAUAAUAUCCAAUCUUAGCCGCUUGUCACAUUUAACCUGGGUGUAUAUGUAUAUAAUUUAAACCAAAUAUUGUACUCCAUAUAUAUUUUUGUUUUAAACGGGGAAUAUUGUGGUGAUGGGAUUUUCUGAUUUCUGGUCAUCAAUGAAGAAAUUGAAAAUGGCAAGAUUUUGUUGUCAUGAACAUGGAAUUUAAGGGAAAUGACAAAGGCUUGGAAAUGGCCUUUGGUUAGUCUAGAAGGUUAGACAACAAACAGAAAAUUUGAGGGAAAUUAGAAAGUUGGAAUAAUACCAACAUUGAAUUAUGAAAUUUUGAUAUCUGAUUUGAAAUCAUCCAUGGAAUUUUAUACCUGAUUUACAAUCCUUGUUCAACUCAAACCCUGUUUGCAGAAUCUCUGCUUCUACACUUUCAAUGUCUGCAACUGGGGUUUGUCACUUUUCCCUGACUUUCCAAAUGAUUUUGUACUGGAUAAUAUUACUAUAUCUUCAACUCAUGAUUCUCUUGGUUAAGAUCAAAAUCUUACAUGGAACAAUUAGGUGUUCAUGAAUCAUGAUUACUAAAGCUUUUUUUUUU